UCCCAAUACAUAGAAAACUAGUUUGAUAAUAAACUAUUUAUUUUGUGAUGGCAAACUUAUUGAUAGAUAACUUCAACUUCUUAUGUAAUAUAGUACCUACUAGGUAUAUUACCGAAUGUACUUGUAGUCUUGCAAAAGUAAAUCUGGCACCGCGGAGAUAAAGUCCAAUUUCGGUGAGUUUCGGUAUUCACGUGUUCUGUGACCGAAUUUUUUUUCGAAAAAUGUUCAGACUAAGUGAAACAAAAACAGUUUUUUCUUAAAUUAGUUGUUAAAAGUACGUAUUAACAUAUAGAGUCGAAAGUUUGUGAAUUUUUCUUUGUGUAAUCUUAUCGAAAUAAAGUAGCAUCUGUUUUUGCUCCUGUAGCUCUCGCGUAAGACGGCAUUGGAUAUCUUCCCGUAAUGUUUUUAACCCGACUUUUAAUCAUUUAAUUAAAAUAAGUGUUAUAAAGUGUCCGAUGGUGACGCGUUGUUGAUCCGUUACAAGCCUGCAUGCUGUCUGUAUUCCAAGCUAUACUAUUUUCAUUUUUGAUCGGAUCUUCCUUGGCAGGCCGUUUAGACCCAUCUUAUUUACCUCCAAGGCUAGGAGGAGGAUUUCGAGGCAUAUCAGGACCCUUUGGAGGAGUACCUCCAUCUGGUUUCAUAGGAGCGGGAAGUGCAUCCAGACCCUUUGGAGGGCUACCUCAACCAGGUUUCGUAGGAGGCAGAGGUGGAGUGGGUUCCGCUUUUGGAGGCAGAUAUUAUGAUGGUGGUUAUUAUAGAGGUGGGCCGCAAAUACCAAUUCUAAGGUACGAAAACAACCCGAAUCGAGGAGACGGUUCCUACAACUGGUUCUACGAAACCGGAAACGGAAUCGUAGCCGAAGAACGAGGAUUUUUAAAACCUUUAGGUCCGGAAGGAACCCAACAGGCUGAUGGAGGAUUUUCUUAUACCGCUCCUGAUGGACAGAGGAUAAGUUUGCAGUAUACCGCAGACGAAAAUGGUUUUAGACCUGUUGGGGCUCACCUGCCGACGCCUCCACCAAUACCAGAAGCCAUUUUAAGGUCCCUUGAACAAAACAGACUGGAGGAAGGGCGAGGAGGAUACGACGAUGGUCAAUACAGGUCAGAACUUGGGUAUCAAGGAGGAUAUAGAUAUUAAUAAAAAUAAGUAUUUAGGAAAAAAGUCUGAUAAAAUAUAGUUACCAAUUGUGUUCAUAGGCUAUAACGUUUUAUUUUCAAGCAUUAAAUAAAAGUUUUA